GGAUCAAAAUCGGUCGAUAGCCUUGCGGACCUGAAGUCAUUCAUAUAUCGCGUCGCUUCCAAAUUGAGCCGCGACAAAAAGCUUGGGGAGAAACUCCCAGUGGGAAAUCUCAGGAAAAUAUGGAAGAACUUUACAGCGGGCUAUCGUAGGGAACGAGGAGAGAUCUUGUGGGAGCAUGUUAUGUUUAUCACCAACGUUCGUUCCCAAAUCCCUCGAUCCGUCAUAAUAACGAACGCAUUCACGGCGUCACGCAUUUCCUGCUACAUUAAGUCAAGCUCAAGACCCAAUUCUAGCGACGCGCGCCUUAUUCUUUUCAGAAACGAGGUUGGGAAAGCCGAGUUUGCGCUUGAGACGAAAAAGUCACUGAAAGCACAUGAUCCUGAAUCAAGCCGCCUGGACUUCAAGGGCGUCGAAGGGUUCUUGGAGUUGUUUGAUAUACGAGCUGACGAACCAGCCGCGCUUCGGGUCAUCGAGUGGAAUCCCAAAGUCCUUGACCAGCCAAUCUUCGCGGACGUUGAUGGGAGUAUCUUGACGGCAUCCAAAGUAUCGACUGCGAUGCGCGAGUUGGGUUUCAGGUCAGGAUUCCCGCAGCCUUUCACCAUACAUGAUCUUAGGGCAGAGAGUCUGACGACUGUUGACAUGGCAUCCUAUUCGGACACUCAACGACAACGGCUGGCAGGGCAUCGCAACAACGCGAUCCACCAACAACAUUAUGCUGCAUUAAAUCCUGGUGUAGACAGCCAAGCAGCAUUCCAGGGCAAACCUGCCAGGCCUCUCAGUAUUGCCAGCCUUUUUCGCCAGCUCGAAGUACCAUGGGUGGCAGCCUUAUGGCAGACCUUGCCCCUGAAGAAGGAGGAAGAACUACUUGGAGAAUAUGACAGCACACCAUGCGCAGAGUCUUGUACCGAGAGUCCCACGGGUGACACUGUAUUCCAUCCGGAGAAAAAGGCCCACAACGACAGGAAGUCCUUUCUCAAGAAGGGCCUGCAGGACUACUGGAAAGAAACUGCUACCAGAACGGUCAUAGGUUCUGAGGAAUACUCUUGCAAAGGAGUGAAUCAUCCAUUCUCACGGUUACGCUCCAUCCUGCCAGUGCGAGGGCCACUCGCAGAUCUGAUGGCGAUACCAGCAAGGCUUCGAAGUGAAGACGGCAAGACUACAUUCAAGCUGCUCACCGAACUCUACAAAAGCACUACGGAGGUGGGCAGGAAAGCACUCUCGGCCUGUGCGUGUGGGAAAGUGGCUCAAGCAUCGAAUCGUGCGACAUAUUUGCAUGUUUACCAAUGCCGCAAGAAAAAGGAUCCUUCAGCAGAGUAUUGCUGUAGCUGUAACGAAUGGUUCUCCGGCACUUCGGCUUGGGACGAUCACUGCGCGAAGCAUCUCAGAGAAGAUUCAAUGCCAGUUGAGCUCGCAUGGGAGAGAAUUGAGCAAACAUUCAUACCAGGGUAUUGCAUAUUUUGUCUUUGGGAUCAGAAACGUUCUGCUUCUCAACGCCUCUUUCAGUUCAUGGAAGAUAAAGACUGGAAGAAGGAGAUCACGAAUCACUGGCGGUCAGCUCCCAAAGGUUGCUGCCCCGACCCCCGAUGUACGGACAACUUUGG